AGCUUUCAGUCUCUAUUUUAGGUUAGAACCAUACCAGGCCAUUGGCAUCUGGAUCUUUUAUUUAUUAUUUGUUAUUAAAAAGUUAAUAGCGAAGAAAAAAAAUCUCCCCUCUUUCGCGACCCCUCGUUGCCCUUGAUUGAUGCCAAAGAGAAGAAAAAAAAAACACAUACACGACGAUACAUCACAACAGCCCAAAAUCACACGUCCACUUUUUACUGUGUACCUGAGUUGGGAUUCCUCUCAAACCACUUGUUGCGACUUCAAAUUCAUUUAGCUCUCAACCAUACAAGGUCAUUAUUUAUCACAAGUCUAUUGUCGUUCUAAGAUCGACUUCCUUUGUUUUUUUGUUAUUAUAUUAAUCGCAAUCAGACAGUUCCUCUCGCCGCGUCUUGUUAGCCCUGCGGGGCACAACACUACCUACACAUACACAUUACACCACUACACCACUACACCAAUACAUACACCAGUACACCUGGGCACUGCAACACCACGAACCCAUAUCGAUACCAUUCGAUUUUCUGACAACUUUUCUUCACUGCCUAAUAAUACCCUCUUCUUCUUCUUCUAUUUCCCACUAGCACUCCUUUUCAAAAAGAAUCGUCCAUCGCCGACUUCGAUUUACCAGUAAUCAUGUCGGUGCUUCCGGCAGAAACACAUGCAGAGCUCACACAGCUCUUGCAAGCUCUACAAUCGCCAGAUAACUCUAUACGGUCUCAGGCCGAAGGUCAUCUACAAAACAACUGGACUAAUACCCGACCUGAGAUCCUGUUAAUGGGCCUGGCCGAACAGGUGGCCGCCUCGAACGAAACAACGCUUCGUUCAUUCGCCGCCGUCAUAUUCCGUCGAAUAGCGUCAAAGACGCGCAAGUCUGAGAAGGGCGAUUCUACCGAGAUUUUUAUAUCCUUGCCUGCUGAACAGGCAUCCGUUAUCCGCCAGAAACUCCUUGAGGCCUUAGCCAACGAGCGGGACCGCCUGGUCAGGAAUAAAAUUAGUGAUGCCAUUGCUGAUGUUGCGAGGCAAUAUUCAGAAAGUAACGAACAAUGGCCUGAAAUCUUAGCCGUCCUUUUUAACCUCAGCGUGGCCCCCGAUGCAGGACAACGAGAGAACGCUUACCGCGUCUUUGCGACAACGCCCGGUAUCAUAGAGAAACAACACGAGAGCGCGGUAUUAGAGGCCUUUAACAGAGGAUUCAAAGAUGAUUCCGUAGCCGUUCGCUUGGCUGCCAUGGACGCUUUUGCUUCCUUCUUCCGAAGUCUAUCGAAGAAAGCCCAACCCAAGUAUUUCUCUUUACUGCCCGAUGUGCUCAACAUUCUACCGCCUAUUAAGGAUUCGCAUGAUUCUGAUGACUUGAGCAAGGCCCUCGUUGCACUUAUAGAUCUAGCCGAGACGUCACCUAAGAUGUUCCGACCCUUAUUCCACAAUCUCGUUAUGUUCAGCGUCGGUGUUAUUCAGGAUAAGGAGUUGAACGAUCUUUGUCGGCAAAAUGCCCUCGAACUUAUGGCUACUUUCGCCGACUACGCCCCGUCCAUGUGUCGCAAAGAUCCUUCGUAUACAAAUGACAUGAUUACUCAAUGUCUAAGCUUGAUGACGGAUCUCGGUGAGGACGACGAUGAUGCCGCCGAAUGGUUAGCAUCUGACGACUUUGAUCAAGAGGAAAGCGAUCUAAACCAUGUUGCUGGAGAACAGUGCAUGGACCGAUUGGCUAACAAACUUGGCGGUGAAACAAUUCUAGCGCCAACGUUUCACUGGCUUCCUCGGAUGAUGACCUCUAUGGCAUGGAAGGACCGCCACGCGGCUCUUAUGGCCAUCUCAGCCAUUUCCGAGGGCUGUCGUGAUCUCAUGGUCAAGGAACUGAAUCAGGUCCUUGAGCUUGUCGUUCCCGCUUUGAAGGAUCCUCAUCCUCGAGUUCGCUGGGCCGGUUGCCAGGCACUUGGCCAGAUGAGCACAGAUUUUGCGCCGACGAUGCAGAAGGAAUAUUACGAUACGAUAUUGAAGACUAUCAUUCCUGUACUUGACUCCCCGGAAGGCCGUGUUAAAGCCCACGCUGCUGCCGCCUUAGUCAACUUUUGCGAGGAGGCUGAGAAGAGUAUCCUUGAGCCGUAUCUCGACGACCUUCUAAAUCAUCUAUUCGAACUCCUCCAGUACGAGAAGCGCUACGUCCAAGAGCAAGCACUGUCUACGAUAGCGACUAUUGCCGACGCUGCCGAGGCCGCAUUUUCUAGGUAUUACGGCACGCUCAUGCCUUUACUUUUCAGUGUCUUGCAGAUGGAGCGUGGGAAGGAGUACCGGUUACUUCGUGCGAAAGCUAUGGAAUGUGCUACUCUGAUAGCACUGGCGGUUGGCAAGGAACGUCUCGGGAACGAUGCUAUGACAUUGGUCGAACUCCUUGCCAACAUCCAGACCAACAUCACUGAUGCUGACGAUCCGCAGUCUCAAUAUCUCAUGCAUUGCUGGGGACGUAUGUGUAGAGUAAUGGGUGCUGACUUUUUGCGUUUCUUGCCCAACGUUAUGCCACCCCUAGUCGAACUAGCCAGUGCCAAGGCUGACAUCCAACUACUGGACACCGAUGAUGAGAUCGAACAAUUCCAACAGGAGGAUGGGUGGGAGCUAGUGCCACUCAAGGGUAAGAUGAUUGGGAUCAAAACUUCCACGAUGGAUGAUAAGCAUAUGGCGAUUGAGCUACUUGUCGUCUAUGCGCAGACUCUGGAAGCACAUUUCGCCCCAUACGUCGCUGAUACAAUGGAGAAAAUUGCACUUCCGGGUUUGGCAUUCUUUUUCCACGACCCAGUUCGGUUCAUCUCGGCGAAACUUGUACCACAGCUCCUCAGCUCAUACAAGAAAGCGUAUGGUCCCGAGUCCAAUGAACUUCGGGGCUUGUGGGCUGGAACUGUGGACAAAUUAUUGGAAGUCCUAACUGCGGAGCCAGCUAUCGAUGCAUUGGCCGAAAUGUACCAAUGCUUCUACGAGUCGGUCGAAGUGGUGGGCAAGAACUGUCUUACUCAACAACACAUGGUCAAAUUCAUCGACGGGGUCCAUUCAGCUAUUGAAGACUACAAGGAUCGCGUCGCGCGGCGUGAAGAAGACAAGGAGGGUGUUGCUGCUGAAGAGGCUGAGGAUGAAGCUGAGGAGCUUAUGCUUGCUAUUGAAGAUGACCAAACUCUGUUAUCUGACAUGAACAAGGCCUUCCAUUCGAUUUUCAAGAACCACGGUGCCGUUUUCCUCCAGCCGUGGGAGCGCCUUAUGGGCACCUACGAAAGUUUUCUCAGCUCAUCAGAUCCGACGCAGCGCCAAUGGGGUCUCUGUAUUAUGGAUGACGUCCUGGAGUACUGUGGGCCGGAGAGCGUUCGCUAUGCCCAAGCUAUCGGCACGUCUCUACUAGAAGGGUGCAAAGACCCGUCUGCCGCUAUUCGCCAAGCUGCUGCGUAUGGUAUUGGUGUGGCCGCUCAUCGUGGUGGAGCUCCUUGGUCUCAAUUUUUGGCCACUUCGAUUCCCUACUUGUUCCAAGCAACCCAGAUACCAGAUGCCCGUGGUGAAGAAGCAGUUUAUGCUACCGAGAAUGCUUGCGCAGCAAUCGCUAAGAUUCUGCACUUUAACAAACAAAAUCUUCAAGAUCCGCAAGCGAUUGCGACUCAAUGGGUCAAUACUCUACCAGUAACGAAUGAUGAGGAGGCGGCUCCAUAUGCCUAUGGGUAUCUCGUCGAAUUAAUGGAACAGCAAAAUCCCGCUGUGACCAGCCAAGUGGACAAAGUCUUUGUAUACAUAGGACAAGCUCUCGAGGCUGAGAUGCUUCAAGGAGCACUUGGCGCACGUGUUGCCAGGACAAUUCAGGUUCUACUUCAGGCGGCAAACAUUGACCCGACGCCUUUGUUGCAACAGCAUUUCACGCCAGAGGGCCAACAGAUUAUUAGACGAUACUUCUCUUAGGCGCUCAGGGUGUGGCACCUGGCUUGUUGAACUAGUUACUGAUGGAGGCCGCACAUGGUUGGUCCGCGCAGGCCUUCUCAUGGAAAUUAUGGCUGCGAUAAAUGGCAGUGCAAAGAAUGAGAAGAAACAUUUUGACUCGGACAUGAUACCUCGAUCCAACCGUGGGUUGAUUCACCUUACAUGACGUCGUUUUACCUUUAUGCUCUCCAACGGGACGGAUGAGUUGGGGAGGGCAAGUGAUUCAAGGAUGAAGCGAUAUAGAGUGAGGAGUGAUCUCGAGCAAAUGUGCUGGGGCGAAAUCAAGAUCGUGAAUCUCGCGCGUAAUAUGGCGCAACUAGGACGGGAGGGACAUUGUACCUCUUCCAGGACUUAGCAGUAUAGAGCAAAAAGAGAGAUUACCAAUGAAAGGGCCGUCUUGCCUAGUAAUUGAGCGCUUAUUUCCCAAUCGUUUUCCCUUACCGGUUGAUUGUUUGAGCCAUAUGAUCGAUUCCUUUAAAUCCAAUAUUAGUAACCCUAUAACUAGAAAGCUAUACUAUUAGCUACAAUAAGUAAUUAAAACUAUCAAGUUCUCU